GAAGGAGAAACUCCAACAGCACCUGUGACGUACUCUCUGUGGCCGUUGUGAAGAAGUCCAACCAAUCAAAUCCACCCUUGCAGAACCAUCUUGGGUUUGUUGCAGGCGUCGUUUUGUGCCACUGCGGGGUCACUUACAGUGGCCGUGGAAAACUCUGAUUUGACUCACUCAAGAGGGGCACACAGCCAGGGACCAACUAUUUCAGCGACAUCGGGAAGCGAGGCCUGCCAGUUUCCAAAAAAUUUCUCUGCAUCUUCUCGAACCUUUCCCUCGACCGCGAUUGCCAUUGCACCAGAAACCAAGAACGACACAAGAACUAUACGCAAUGUGCGGUACAGACUCCACGAACGGUGCCAAUGGCACGAACGGUGCCAAUGGCACGAACGGUGUCUCGAACGGGGGCGCCCAUUUCCGCUCGAAUCCUUACCAACCGGUCGGCGAUUUCUUGUCCAAUGUCGGUAGCUUCAAGAUUAUCGAAUCGACUCUGCGAGAGGGCGAGCAAUUCGCCAACGCCUACUUCGACACCGAGACUAAGAUCAAGAUUGCCAAGGCGCUCGAUGCCUUUGGUGUCGACUACAUCGAAUUGACAUCGCCUGCCGCUUCAGAACAGUCUCGCAAGGAUUGCGAGGCCAUCUGCAAGCUUGGUUUGAAGGCCAAGAUUUUGACACAUGUUCGCUGUGAUAUGCGCGAUGCCAAGCUCGCUGUCGAGACUGGCGUUGACGGCCUUGACGUGGUGAUUGGCACGUCUAGCUUCCUCCGAGAACAUAGCCAUGGCAAGGAUAUGGCAUAUAUCGAAAAGACCGCCAUUGAGGUCAUCGAGUACAUCAAGUCUAAGGGCCUUGAAGUAAGAUUCUCGAGUGAGGAUUCCUUCCGCUCCGACCUGGUCGAUCUGCUUUCGCUAUACCGGGCUGUCGACAAGGUUGGCGUCAACCGUGUUGGUAUUGCCGAUACCGUCGGCUGCGCAUCUCCCAGGCAGGUCUACGACCUUGUCCGGACGCUGAGAGGCGUCGUUUCUUGCGACAUUGAAACCCACUUCCACAACGACACUGGCUGCAGUAUUGCCAAUGCUUACUGCGCCCUGGAGGCCGGCGCUACUCAUAUCGACACCAGCGUCCUUGGCAUUGGUGAGCGUAACGGCAUUACACCCCUUGGCGGCCUCUUGGCUCGCAUGGUGGUUACAAGCCCUGAGUAUGUCAAGAGCAAGUAUAAGCUCCACAUGCUCAAGGAGAUUGAGGACAUGGUAGCCGAGGCUGUAGAGGUUAACACCCCCUUCAACAACCCCAUUACUGGCUUCUGUGCCUUCACCCACAAGGCUGGCAUCCACGCCAAGGCUAUCCUCAACAACCCCAGCACAUAUGAGAUUCUCAACCCGGCCGAUUUUGGCUUGACUCGCUAUGUCCACUUUGCGUCGCGCCUGACAGGCUGGAACGCCGUCAAGACGAGAGUAGGACAGCUUGGCCUCAACAUGACCGAUGAUCAAGUCAAGGAAGUUACCGCCAAGAUCAAGGCACUCGCCGAUGUACGGCCUAUCGCUAUUGACGACGCGGACUCAAUCAUCCGGAGCUUUCAUCUAGGUCUGAGUGAGCGGCCUGGCGCAGAACCCCCCGUAGAGAUACAAAAUGGCGAGCCGGUAGAGGUCACAAACGCGGCUUAAGUCGAUUGCAGUUCGUUGGCGUUGUACGACAGGGUAUUGGUUACGUGCUUGCUGGCCACAUCAUUUCCGGAGUUGAUUGCGAAUCAGGGAAAAGGAGAAGCUCGGUUCGCAAAAAUCUCAUCGCAUAGUCGACCAUUUUCGGAAGGAAAAAGUCCUGCAUGAUAUCAGAGAUCAAGGCAAAAAGAGAGACACGAAAAGGAAGGCCUCAGACGAUCAACGCCAUUGUGUUGGGAUUUGUUGGUGAAUUUGAGGGGAGUAUAGCCGGCUCUGCCAUGAGAAGUCUCUCGGUUUGACUUGGGAAUCUCGCAAAAAGAUGGUGGGACUACAGCCUCAUGUGAUACAGCAGCAAGCUGGCCUAACUUCUA